AGUCCACAGUAUAGUUAAGGAUGUUCGAAAACAUCAUUCAAAAGUAAAAGCAUAGUAUGACAAAAAAUACAUUAUACAAGUAAUGUGUUGCAGAUUUACAGGCUGUAAAAAAAACAUUUAGUACAUUGAAAGAAUAUUAUUAAAAGUCACAGUUUAUUAAAAAAGCAUCUCCUAAGAGAAAUAGUUUUCCAAGAAAUCACCAACCCGUCAUAGCAAGUCAUAAAAUAGCAUGUCAAACUCUGGCCUGCAUAUAUCGAUUUAUAUUGAUAAUCUGAAUGUUUUUGCAGGAUUCUGCAUGCCUCAAUGAUUCAUCCAGUUAAAUAUUACAUCUUGGUGAUGACGCAUACAUAUUUCAUUAAAUGUAUAGUUUCCUUUAUGUGUGUUGACAUAAUCAAACAAAUACAAUUCAAUAAAACCAUUCAAACUUUGCCUUCAUUCAGAUCAGCAUCCCGUUCAACUUGAAUAUUUAACUAAAGGUGACGUAACUAACCUUACGUAACGUAUAGACAGCAUGUCACUGUAGCUUCAAUGUAAUUAAAGCAGUAAAACGAUAGUUUCUCUUCUUGCAGUAGUUUUUUGCUCUUUCUUAAGUGUAGUAAAAUGAUGAUGAAAUUAAACUGUGUAAACCUCGACAGGUGUAUGGAAGAGUUUACUCAGCUCGAACGGAAUAUCACAGAGGUAAAUGGCAAAAACAACGAGUUGGAGAUGCUGCUGGAGAACGCCAACAGACUCACGAACCUCUAUUCGAGCAAGGAGAAAAGUCUGAUUGACGAGAGAGACAGUCUUCUUGUCGCAGUGAAGGGACUGCAGCAGACUCUGCAGGAGCAGUGCAACCUCAGAAUAGAGAAUGAGAGACUGAAGAAGGAUUUGGUGGACGUGAAACAACGCAACGAGAGAGCAGCAAAGGACGGAGUGGCUGAGCUUCAGCGCCUCGUCGGUGAAAUGAGGGCCGAAGGAGAGAGACACAAGAGGGAGCUAGAGACUGCUCGGCAGCAGUGCAGGAGCGAGUUGGAGGAGCUCCGCACGGAGGCUUUCCAUCAGCUGGAAGCUAAAGAUGCUGAAGUGAAGACUCAGCUGGAGAAGAAACAUCUGGAUCUGGAGCAGUUAAAGGGGAAGCUGAAGGAGCAGGAGAGGGAGAGGCAGAGCGAACUCCUAAAGUUACAGAUGGAGUUUGGUGCAAAGUUAGCCAGAGUUCAGAGUACAGCUCAGUGGAGCCAGCAGCAGCAGCAGCAGCAACACGGCUCCAACCUUCUUCCACAGAGUGUCUUCAAGAGGAAGCUGCAGUCCAUCCAGGAGGAGAAAAACAAGGAGAUUGGGGCUCUGCGUCAGAGAAUCAAAGAGCUGGAAGAGAACCAGCGCGGCGGCGUCUUUAACGACAGCCGUCUGAAGAAGCCAAAGAUCUAGUUUGAUAAUUGGCCCGCAUGCUGUUGACCUCAGCUCUGCAGGCGCACAGGUCUCCUGACUCUUCCAGGGGGCAGAAGUGAACUCUUUUUGGUUGUCAUUUCUAGAUUAGUAUUUCGGUAUCUAAGAGAAAAUUGUGUUCCUUCAGAUUUUAUUAUCACGCUCCGACUUGCCGUAGCGCCGCCCUGCUGGUUCACAGAGCACAUGUGAGCGCAGACAAUGUUUCUCUCUAAGGCCUUAAUGCAAUCAGACUGCAUGCGAGGAAGUGGGGGGAGGUGCUGGAGCAGCAGACGUACACGUCAGGGUGAAUCAGUCAGGAAGGAAGGCCAACCACAUUCAGGGAAUUAGAUCAGUUCAUUUCCUUUCACUCAUUGAUCAUCCCGCUCAUUUCCUCAGCUUGUGUCACUUUACUGAAAGUCAAACCAGCGUUUAACUAUCGGCUGCUGUUACC